AUGGUCGUUUUUGCUUGCAGUGUUUGCGGCGAUUCUUUAAAAUUGAGUCAAGUGGAGAAGCAUUGCCAAACAACAUGCCGGAAUUGUCUGAUGCUGUCCUGCAUUGAUUGUGGGAAAGAAUUUUGGGGCCAGGAUUAUGCUCAGCACAACAAAUGCAUAAGUGAAGAGGAGAAAUAUUCUGGAAAGAAUUUCAAACCCCGACCAGGUGCCAAGAAGGGAGAGCAGAAACAUGAGUUGUGGACCCAGCAAGUGCAACAGGCUGCAUUAAAAUGUAAAGCUAACAAAAAACUGACCGAUCUGCUAACGAAGAUAUCCAACUAUCCUAACAUUCCAAGGAAGAAGGCUAAGUUUCUGAAUUUCCUGAAAAAUAGUCUGAGGCUGUUUGACACAAACUUGCUUGACCAAGCUUGGGAUGCUAUAGUAUGA